CAAAGUUCGCUCAGUAAUGGAGCAGGAAAGAGAUAUAGAGGAGAAUCAGACCAGUCGUGGUGCCUGCCCCUGCCAAAACAUCGAUAAUGUGCAAAGGAAGAACUUUUUCUAUUCAGUUUGCAUAUAUGCCGCAUUCUUUUCAAUCGGUUGGAUUAGAGGACUAUAUGGACCUGCCCUAAUCGACAUAUUGUUCAUAAGUGGAGUGACUUUAGACCUGGGGUCGCUAGUGUUUACGUUUAACUCGGUUGGUUAUGCAUUUGGAUGUCUGGGCGGAGGAUAUCUCUCAGACAGAGGGAACCAAAACAUGAUGUACGGAAUCAGCCUACUUUUACUUAGUAUUCUAAUCGGCGUCACUCCAUGGUGUUCCGUGUUUGUACUGAUGAUAGCCGUCCAUUUUGGACAAGGUGUCGUCACUGGUAUUGUAGACACAGUUGGUAAUGCUGAAAUCCUGUCCCUUUGGCGUGAUGAUCGGAUGAUGUUCUUCUUCCUGGAGCUGAUGUUUGGGACUGGCAUCUUUGUCUCACCGUUCUUGGCGGCGCCGUUUCUCUUGGACUUAGACUCCACAUUACAUAUUUCCAUGGACGAUUUUAACAAUGUGACAUUACCUGGUAAAAUGCAACAAAAUAAUACCACCAAUAACACCUUGUUAACUACACAAAGCUCUCAGCUUUAUAUUCCAUAUAUCGUAACUGCAUGUCUGAACAUAAUAAUUUGUUUGCCAUUCUUUGUUCUGUGCUUAAGGAAUGUCUGUAAAAAUUUGAAAGAGUCGCGUCAAGUGGAAUCUCCGACAAUCAAUGAAAUGGAGAAUGAAGGAAGUUACAUUGUUUUGCCAUUGAAAUAUAUCAUUUAUUUUGUUGUGAUCGGUAGUAGCCUUCUGUUUCUAGGGAUGGCUUUGGGUGAGGGGUUCAUAUCCUACCUAGCCGUGUAUUGUGUAGACCAGUUGGGGUUUACUACCGCGGAAGGAGCUCUAAUCAGUGCCAUUUCUGGAGGAAGCAAUAUAGCAGCUAUCGUUGUGGCAUUAUUCGCCUCUUGUUUAAACACGCUGGUAUAUCUAGGCAUACAUAUUGUCGGUACCUUGGUUAGUGUAGGUGUGUUCCUGCUCUGUUCGGUAUUUAAUUUUACUGCUGGAGUGUGGCUGUUGGCAGGAGUCAUAGGAUUUUUUAGAGCCAUGAUAUUUUCACUGACACUGACAUGGACUAACGAAUAUAUUACACCGGUCACUGGUAGGAUCGCCUCAUUAUUCAUGGUGAGCACGAGUGUUGGGUGUGCGGUUGUUCCAGUCCUGCUUGGCGCGCUGAUGGAGACGUACAGUAACCAAUGGUUCUGUUAUCUCUUCCUCAUCCUGGGAACAAUGGUCUUACUGCUAUAUAUUGCUGGUGUCCUUCUAACAAAACAUAUUGUCAUGCUGUACGGGAAAACUGAUGAAAGGGCAAAAGACAGUAACAGACUGGAAACAGAACCAUUGCAACCCGAAUAGAUAUCAUGGAAGUUUUUAGUAUGGAAAACGUUCGAAAACGGUUUGGUUCUGUUUGUUAUUUACAUAACGUUUCGAAAUGGCGGACAACAAUGUAAAAAUACAAUUUAUUGUUAUGGUUACUAUGUUUUCGAUAUGCUUUGGUCGACUCAUUCUGAAAGUUUCUUUCAAUUUCUUUUGGUGUAUCUACAAAUCCAAAUAAUGUAAAAA